AUGGGCCGGCCGGACCCGGACCCGCUGUCCAGCCCCGUUUGCCUGCCCGGUUCCCGGUCCCUGCGCACCCCGAGCCGCCGGUGCUGCGGGCCGGGCUGGCCGGUGCGGGGCGGCGCCGCCCGCGGGCCCUGGGCAAACAGCAGCGGGUCAAUGAUUAACCGGCCCGGCUGCGCUCCCGCCGCCCGCGCGGGGCCACGCGGGGCUCGGGGGCCGCGGCGGGGCCGGAACGGGCCGGGCCCCGAGCGGCGGCGGUUGGGAGCCCGCGGGCACCGGCGUGAGUGGGGCCGGGGAUGGGGCACCGGGGGGAACACGAGGGCAGCCCCAUGGCACCCCGGACCGGGGGUGACCGUGCCGGGAGCGUCCCGUCCCAUCAGAGCCUCCCUGUCCCCGCAGGCCUCUCCGCGGAUGGACGGUGAGCCGCCAGCCGGGCCCCAGGCCCGCGGCCCCGCCGCGCGGGGACCGGAGCCGGGGGACGGCAGCGGGGCGGCCGGGGCUCCCACCGGGACAGCCGGGGCGCUGCCCACCCCCGGGGCUCCCACCGAGGCGCUGCCCACCCCCGGGGCUCCCACCGAGGCGCUGCCCACCCCCGGGGCUCCCACCGAGGCGCUGCCCACCCCCGGGGCUCCCACCGAGGCAGCCGGGGCGCUGCCCACCCCCGGAGCUCCCACCGGGACGGCCUGGGCUCCCACCGGGGUUCCCGCCGGAGCAGCCGGGGCGCUGCCCACCCCCGGCCCCCGCAGCGACGCCCCCGCGGCCCCCGGGGACAGGCCCGUGGCCGUGUCGGUUGUCUCCAACUCAGCCUUCGAGGGGGCUCCUCCACCGUACUCGCCCCCGGACCCCAAGAGCUACCACCUCCUCUACCCGCCGUUCCCAGCCGGCUAUGCCCAGCAAGGUCCCGUCAUUUACCCGCCGGGGCCGGGACCGCGGCCCUACCCAGGCCCGGGCUUCCACCCCGGGCCGCUGCCCUACAGCCCGUACCACCCGCCGCCGGGGCCCUCACCCGCCGGCCGCGGGCACCACCGCCCCAAGGACUACACGGUGGAGUCGGUGCUAGUGACCCUCUUCUGCUGCCUGAUCACCGGGGUCAUGGCCCUCGUCUACUCCCACGAGACCCGCGCUGCCCUCGCCCGUGGGGACAUGGCCCAGGCGUACCUGGCAUCCAAAAAAGCGCAGUCACUGGUCCUCAUCAGCCUCCUCAUCGGGUUGUUCGCCUCCAUCAGCUGGAUCGUCUACGUGCUGGUGUCCCUGUACCUGUGACAAGGACCCUGAGCCCCAGGGCGCCGAGAGCUCCUGGUGGCUCCACCUGCGCGGGGGUAUGGGGCACGGGCAGGUGAAGUUGCCACAUCCUUGUGUGGAAAUGAGUGACAAUGAAGUGUUUUUGGGGCUGUGGGGCAGCGUCCGUCCUUCCUGGUGGGGCGGGGAGCUGCCCCGGAGCCUUGAGGCAUCUGCUCAGCCCAGGGCCGGAGGAGCCCGGAGCAGGGAGAUGCUGCAUCCUGCCGGAUCCAGCUCUGGGCAGGGUCCGUGGGUGGGAUCAGGCUCUGCUGCAGGAUGCUGAAUCCCAUUGCUCUGGGCUCCCACUUGGAGCUGCCAAUGGGACUCAGGUGCGGAGGGAGCAUCUUGUAGGAUUGGGGUUGGAGGUGGAGCAGAAGUAGCAGGUGUGUGGGAAGCCCUCGCUGGUCAUUAAUAGUGUAACAUACAAACUCAUGUAUGCAAUUCUAUGGUAAUUCUGCACACACACACCCCACCACACAACACCCACCCCUGUACUGCCACCUCUUGCUGCUUCCAGACUGAAAUAAAAUACAGCUGUAGCCAAAA